GUUAGAAUCGCACGUAUUGAAUUCAGUUGAAUGAGAAAAAAUUUCAACGAUAUGUUACACGUAAUCAUCUUGUCGAUGGUAGCCGACGCCUUGCAUCUCUACUAUUACCUGAAAAAAUACUACUAUUACCUAUAAAAUUCUGAAUCAAGAAGCAUGCCAUACAAGUGAUUUAAAAUUUUAACUAAGUAUUGAUGUCCAUUUGUGUCUACCAGAAUUUGAUUAAUCUCGUUUUGCAAUUUCUUUCAAAUAUCCUCGUUCAUCGCAAUCACGUGCGCGGCAAAAACACAUGAAUGUUACGAUGCUUUGGAAACCGAUACAGAAAAAGCUGAGGGCCUGGAUGAGUAACAUGAGCAAUAUCGACGAUCUUGCGUAAGACGUUUCUAGCAGAGUUUGUGAAGAAAAUCUACGACUUUCAUCCCGGGGCUAAAUAUAUCGGUGUGUAAUGAUAAUGUGUCACCGAGCUUAACAUAUCCACCGCAUUCAAGCACUUUGACGUGUUGCCGCAUCAUCGCAGCUUCGUCGCAGAGGACAAGAGUCAUUGUUUGGUAAGAAUCUCUUUUCCCUUUGCAGCGACAUAUGCCUGAAGGUAUGAACUAUGUGGAGUCCGGCCUUCACGUCCAGCAAGAUGAAGAACAUGUUCAAACUGAUGUCGGGCUACGCCGCCAAAUUCGUCUAUAGUUCGUAAUGCAACUGCCGUCGGAGUAGAGGAUAACAGAACCGAAAGACAUCUUUACACGAUAAAUCAAUGAUGUAAUCACGACUUUGUCUUCGUCGACAACGCAGAUUUCAUGCGAGACCCGAAAAAUCUUUUCUAUGUAUACGGUAAAAGGCAAUCUCUUUUAACGACUCCUUUUUAAAAAUAUACACAUUCAGAUUCCUGCCAUGGCGGGCAUGUAUACUCAAAUUCAUUUGAAGUCACCAAAUUUUUUCAGGAUCUAAUCGUGGAUUACCAUUAAGACUAAGGAUAAGAAGGGUAUCAUUCGGCCAGACAUGUUGCAGUUGAAGAUGGAAAGUAGAAAGAUGGUAAGAGGGGACUAACAAUCAGGGACAUGACUAGUUAGGCCUUCAGCUUUUUCUGUACCGGUUUCCAAAACAUCGUAACAUUCAUGUGUUUUUGUCGCGCACGUGAUUGCGAUGAACGAGGAUAUUUGAAAGAAAUUGCAAAACGAGAUUGAUCAAAUUCUGGUAGACACAAAUGGACAUCAAUACUUAGUUAAAAUUUUAAAUGAGACCAAAAUAUUGUAUAAAGAAUUAUAAAAUUCCUCGGCACAAAAUUCCUCACAACUAGUUUCACGUGUAAAUAAAUUUUAUCUCGUGUUUAUAUGUAGAUAGGAUCCUUAGGUCGUCAGAAUAGAUAAUUAUUUCGUCGAACAUAAGUUUACACUAUAUUCUAUGUAGUUGUGAUGUAAACAGAUAACAUAGCGAAAACAAAAAACAAUAGUCGAGUAUAAUUGUGCCUCAUCAAUUACUGCAAUUGAUGUUUGCUUCAAUCGCAUCAGAUAUACGCCGCUUAAUCUUCGUUACAAAGUACGUGAGUGUAGCCUUCCGUUGCGCAAGCGACGAUUGUACAUUAGUACUAUAAAUGAGAAUGAUCGAGCUAAACGGUUGCAGUCCGCCGUGGAAGUGUGAACGACGCGCACGUACUCAGACAUCCCACUUGAUUCUUUCCUCGCAAUUAAUCAGCACGUGGAACGACAACACUCAAUUAUGUAAAUUCGCCGCUAAUACACCGGAGAGAUUCUAAUAUCGUUUGAAUCGACAGUUUUGAGGCACAAGUACCAAUUAGAAUCGAGUUUAGUGAAAAAAAUCUUAUCGAUAUGGUGUACGUGAUUAUUUUGUCAGUGAUAGCCGGCGCUGUGGGGCUCUAUUAUUUUCUCUUCAAGGAUCUGGAUCGAUUCAAGAAAUAUGACAUACCACAUCUGAAGCCACUGCCGUUCAUAGGCAACAUGGCACCGUCGAUCUUCCGUAUGGUACCUAUAUCUAAGUUUCUGCAGCAGAUUUAUAAUGUACAUCCCGAGGCGAAGUAUGUCGGAUUAUAUGACUUUAAAACGCCGCUGAUAAUGUUGCGCGACACCGAGCUCAUCAAGUCCAUCGCCGUCAAGAACGCCGACAUGUUUCAAGACCAUCCUACCUUCGUUACAGAGGAACAAGAUACGUUGUUUAGCAGGGACCUCUUCUCCCUUCGCGGCGACAAGUGGCGACAGACGCGGUCCAUGCUGAGUCCGGCCUUCACGUCCAGUAAAAUGAAGAGCAUGUUCAAACUGAUGUCGGAUUAUGCCGCCAACUUUGCUAAUUUUGUGACGCAAUUGCCGCCGGAACAGAAAGUGAUAGAAACUAAGGACAUCUUCACACGGUACACCAACGAUAUGAUCGCUACUUGCGCUUUCGGCGUCACCGUAGAUUCCAUGCGAGAUCCGAAGAAUCUCUUCUACGUAUACGGCAGAGAGGCAACUACUUUCGAUAGUGCCUCCGUUUUGAAAGUUUACAUAUUCAGGAGCUUGCCGUGGUUGGCACGUAUAAUCAAGUUGAAGCUCAUUCGUGAGAAAAUCGUAAACUUUUUUCAAGAUCUUGUGGAGUCCACCAUCAAGACCAGAGACGAGAACAAUAUCGUUCGGCCGGAUAUGUUGCAGUUGAUGAUGGAAACUAGAAACAAAAAGGAAGGUAAAGGGGAACUGACGAUCGAGGAUAUGACCAGUCAGGCCUUCAGUUUCUUCUUUGGCGGCUUCGAAAGCACCGCGACGUUGAUGUGUUUUGCCGCGCACGAGAUCGGGGUGAACGAGGAUAUUCGAAAGAAACUACAAAACGAAAUCGAUCAGGUCCUGGAAGACACAAACGGGCAAGCGCCAUAUGAGGCGAUCAACGGUAUGGAAUACUUGGACGCAGUAUUGAAUGAAGCUCUUAGAAUGUAUCCCGUUGCUACACUAACGAACAGAGCAUGCACAGAGGAUUUCGAGUUGUCGCCGACGUUACCGGGCGUGAAGCCCUAUACUAUGAAGAAAGGCGAUGACUUGUGGAUACCGAUUUACGCACUCCAUCAUGAUCCAAAAUACUUCGAGGACCCGGAGAAGUUUGAUCCCGAACGGUUUCUCGGCGAGCAAAAGAAACACAUUCUCAACACGGGAGCUUAUUUACCUUUCGGCUUGGGUCCCAGAAUGUGCAUCGGUAACCGAUUCGCUUUAUUGGAGACGAAGGUGUUACUUUUCCAUCUGCUGGCGCGUUGCGAUCUGCUACUUUGCGAGAAGACACCGGUACCGCUCAAAUUCGUUAAGGGAGAUUUUAAUAUAAAUCCUGAGGGUGGUUUCUGGCUGAAAGCCGUGCCGAGGAAGAACCCGUAUCACACUGUUGUAAUUGACAAUAUAAACAGUACAAGUAACCUGUAGUAGAGUUUUUGUUGAUUGUGUAAAUCUUGAGGAAGGAUUUAUAUACUAUAAAUUUGAAAAACGUUAAUAAAAAAUUAUAAUAAGAAAAAACUAUAUUGAAUAUAUAACAAUAGAUAAUAAUCAGUACAAACGGAAAAUUCUUCUUAAUCAAAUGUGCCAUUUAGUAGGAAGUAUAAGUUCAUAUUACAAGAUAACAUUGUCAUCCUUCAUGCAUUAAAUUGUUGACUUUCAUAUUACGUAUAAUGACCACAAAAAAUUAGUAUGUGAUUAGAGAUAGGUUAGGAAAACAAGAUAUGAAACGACUUUUUUUAUAGGAGUAGGAAACGAUAUUUAUGUCAUGUAAAUUGGUGAUUUAAAUUAGUAUUACUUUUUUAAAAAUAACAUUAAAAGCUUAUUGUCGUGUACAAAUUGUGACAAUAAUUCAGCAAUAUUUCUCUUAUAACUAUGAAGAAAGCAUCAAAAAGGUACCCAUGUAAUUUCCAUAGAAAUGAAACUAUAAUGUGUAUAUGUAUAUCGCAAAAUCAUUAAAUGUCAGCAAGGGAGAAAGAGAGAAAGGAAGAGAAAGAGUGGGAAAGAGAAGAACAUAAGGAAAGAGAAAGAGAGAGAGAGAGAUUUGGAUAAAAUAUAGAUAAAACUGAAAUAAUAAAUCCAGAUAUUGAUCCUGCAUAACCAGAGAUGUGUGUGAAUAAAUUUUAUCUUUUUUUCGUUUAUCAUAUUUCCAUUUUGUUUUUCUAUAAGAUAUCAUCACUUCGUUGAGUACAUUAAUAUUCUUUAAACUUUGUAUAUAUUAUAGAGCUAAUAAAAUAAUAAUAUUGUAAA